CAGCAGAAUGGCACAUUCGCCGCAAAAUGGCGGAGCGGAGUCGGCCGAUUCUGCAGCGUCGAAUCUGCGUCUCCGGUUGCGAAGCUACUGAAGGGAAGGGUGGAGGUCUUGGCGGUGGCGCUUUCCCGGCCAGCAAAACUGCGUCCCUCAUCCAGGACCCAGGAAAUGAACUCAAGAAGAUGAAGCCUAAUAAAGGAAAGACCUGUGCUGGAGAAAGAGACUAUGUGUACACACUCAGUGCUGGAAAUCAACAUUUUGUGCUUACAGUGCCUCUCAUAUUUCCUGUGCAAGAGAAUAUUAGUCAUUUGCAUGGGCGUCUAAUGCUUCUGCACAAUCUGCCAUGUUUUAUAGAAAAUGACCUGAAGCAAUCUCUUAAUAAGUUCAUAGAAGAUGAAACUAUAAAAGGUUAUGAUAGAGAAGCUGAAAUGGCUCUAGAAGCAGUGAAAUCAGGAGAAGUAGACGUGAACCAGCUGGCAGAUACUUGGGCUAAAGCUUAUAAAGAGACAACAUUAGAGCAUGCAAAACCUGAAGAAAACAGCUGGGAUGAAGAUUUUGCAGACGUUUAUCAUGAUCUGAUACAUUCUCCAGCUUCUGAGACACUGUUAAACCUGGAAUACAAUUAUUUUGUUAGCAUCUCAGAAUUAAUAAAUGAGAGAGAUGUGGAAUUGAAAAAACUACAGGAAAGACAAGGAGCAGAAAUGGAUAAGGUGAUGCAGGAGUUAGGGAAAUCUCUAACAGACCAAGAUGUAAAUUUAUUAGCAGCUCGGCAUUUUGAAUCUCAGCAGGAUUUGGAGAACAAAUGGACCAAUGAAUUAAAACAAUCUACUGCUAUCCAGAAGCAGGAAUAUCAGGAAUGGGUGAUAAAACUUCAUCAGGACCUAAAGAAUCCCAACAACAGCUCAAUCAGUGAUGAAAUUAAGGUUCAGCCCAGUCAAUUGAGAGAAUCUGUAGAAGGAAAUGGAAGAAUUUAUGAAGAGCAAAGACUUUUAGAAGAAAGUUUUACUAUUCACUUGGGAGCUCAGUUGAAGACCAUGCAUAAUUUGAGGUUACUGAGAGCUGAUAUGCUGGAUUUCUGUAAACAUAAACGCAAUCAUCAAAAUGGAGUAAAGCUUCACAGACUUCAAACUGCAAUGUCUCUCUAUUCAACUUCUCUCUGUGGCCUGGUUUUAUUGGUAGAUAAUCGUAUCAGUUCAUACAGCGGCAUCAAAAGAGAUUUUGCAACUGUUUGCCAAGAAUGCACGGAUUUUCAUUUUCCUGGAAUUCAAGAACAACUUGAAAUUGUCCAGAAGGUUGUACUUAAGGCCAGAGCACAGCGUAGCAAUAAGUUGAAAAGACAUCCUGGAAAUAAAGAUAGUGGAAUUGAAGAUAAAUCCAAGAUUAUUGAACGUAACCAGUCAAAUAUUUUACAAGGUGAAUUCUACAUCACUCGCCAUUCAAAUCUUUCUGAAAUUCACGUUGCAUUUCAUCUUUGUGUGGAUGAUAAUGUGAGAUCUGGAAACAUAACUGCUCGAGAUCCGGCAAUCAUGGGACUCAGAAACAUUCUCAAAGUUUGCUGCACACAUGACAUUACUACCAUUAGUAUCCCUCUCUUGUUGGUACAUGAUAUGUCAGAAGAAAUGACCAUUCCAUGGUGCUUAAAGAGAGCAGAACUUGUGUUCAAGUGUGUCAAAGGUUUCAUGAUGGAAAUGGCCUCAUGGGAUGGAGGAAUUUCUCGGACUGUACAAUUCUUGGUACCGCAGACAAUUUCUGAGGAAUUGUUUUACCAGCUGAGUAACAUGCUACCCCAGAUAUUCCGAGUAUCCUCUACAUUAACUCUAACCUCUAAGCACUGAGUUUUGUGCAACAGUAGGAUGUAUCCUGUUGACAGAAGAAGAGGUUCUGGAGAGUUGGUACUGGAAUAUCUCUUUUCUGAAGCCUGAUGUUCCUGAACUGUUAUUUGUUGCAAUUUCAAGAAUAAUGUUAUUAGAAUAAAAGAUAAAAUGCUACCUGUACUUGGAUGUUAGCAUUUCAUUUUUACCUCUCUCAUUCGUUUUCAGCACACAUUAAUAUUGAAUUCUUCACCUUUUUCUGAAAGACAUUAAAUGCAGCUAGUCUUAUGGAAUCUAUAGAUACAAUAUUCGAGGUUAAGUAGUAGGAAUAAGAGCUUAUGGAAGCAAUAGGAUCUUCUGGGCAAAACAGGUGAUUCAAGUUGUCUGAUUUUAAAAACAUUUUCUGAAUUUGCUCAGUGAUAGUUAAAGGAGGAAAAAAUUGGUGUCAAGUAUCUCCUUUUUAAUAAUUUUGAUAUUAUUUGUCAGAGUUUUCUUUACAAGGUGAACACAAAUCAUAUUACUGCUUCAUUUCAGCCCUUAACCAUGAUAAAAUGAAUAACAUGAGAACUCUUUUUAAUCUGUUGCAUUUUGUAAAUCACUGGAAUUAUUAAAAAGUAAUCAAAUUAAUGUAUUAAUGUAUCUAUAAUUUGACUUUUCUUUAAAUUAUCACUCCUCCCUUAUUUUAUGGUAUAUUGUCCUUUCGCUUUCUUUGAAGAUCUCACGUCAACAAGUCUGUCAUGCUCAGUUUAGCAAGAGCACAAUAGCAUUCUGGAAUCUCUUGCACAGGUAUAUUUUGCUGCUUAUUAUCAGUAAGUUUUGCCACUAAACAAUCUAUUUGGAAAUGCCAGGGAGACAACUCGGGAUGCUUGUAUGACAUUUCUUUAUUUAUGACAGGAUUCAAUUUUUACCUAAAAAACUAUCUCAUAACCUCCUACCUCCCCUGAUGGGAAGCCAGGAAAGCUGCUUUUACCCCAUCUUGGACACUCAAGCUUUUUGACUUGUUUAUGAACGCUGGUGACUGGAAGUAAUUCUUAAAUGUAGAGACUAGGCACGGGGAACGUCCUGUCUGAAGCUGGUAUUUACAGAGUUCCUAGAGGAGUUAGUGUCACAAGAAAGCAGCUGAGGUAGAGAAGGUCUCAGGUAAAGUCCACAGUUCUGUUCUAUAGAAAGCACUGGGAAUCCUGGCAGGGCUCACUUUGAAUAUGUAAUCUUUCUAUGGAUUGCCAGAUUUUGCAUUUGAAAACUAAAAAUAAAUUUGAAAUUAUUUA